UGCUUCUCGAGUGUUUCCUGUUUCUGCUUCUCUCUCUCUCUCUCUCCCUCUCUCUUUCUCGACCUUCUCUUGCAUCCUGCUCCCGCGCCUGCCCGUGACCCCGUGAAGCAGGCUGCAUGGGCCUGGGUUCAUUGAUUCCAUCCUUUUGCCGCGAUUCGCCCUCUUGCCAGCCGACCCCUACCCCUAGCACCCACGCCAACCUCUUUGAUACGCGCGGGGGCCUCCUGGCCAGAGCCUACAUCGACAGCCCUCUUCGGCGACGACAGCAGCACAACAUACCCGCCGUCUCGCCGGCCCGUUCUUCUGCUUUCCCACCGUCGACGCCGCUGUUUGCGAGAGACUGAGCGUCGUGCUGCUGUUCCCCAUGCGCCGCGGAUAGCACAUCCACCUCCAUUCGCUUCCGCGAUGACCACCGAAACCUACACAGGGCUGACAGCCUUUGUCAAGAACCUCGCCCGAUCGCACGACCCGGGGCUCGAUGCCUCCUUCCGCGCCCAGAUCGCCGCGAAUGACGCGAAGCAGAGUCCCGUGGUCCUCGCCGGCCCGGAUGACUCGCCAGAGAAGGCUGCCCUCGAGAGGGAGCUCGCCGCUCUUGCUGCCCGCGUGCAGUACCUCGAGGCCAAGGCCAACGUCGUAGACAACCACACAUUCCCCAUGACCCCCGGCGAGCCUACAAACGCACCGCUCAUGUACGCUCCUUCCUCCGCCCCUGCCACCCGCAAUGGCGGGGCCCCCGACCGCCGCGGAUCCGAAAAGCGAGCCACCUGGGUCAGCAACUGGCUGGCUGCGAAGCAGGACAGCGGCGACUCUGACCAGCCCGCCGCUGCGCUCACCGAAGAGCAGCUCAACUACUUGCGGGACCACCUGAACAAGCAGGCCGACCAGAUCAAGAACCAGCGCGAGCACAUCGACAACCUCAGCGCCGAGGUCAACAAGCAGCUCAGCAACCAGAACACGGCAUUCGCACAUGGCAUCGAGGACAUUGGCGCUCUCAAGCGAGAGCUUGGCAAGCACCAGCAGGCCAACUUGGCCUUCCAGAAGGCGCUGCGGGAAAUCGGAAGCAUUGUCACAGCUGUCGCUAUGGGCGAUUUGAGUAAAAAGGUUCUGAUUCACGCGAAAGAGAUGGACCCCGAGAUCACCCUAUUCAAGCGCACCAUCAACCGCAUGGUGGACCAGUUGCAGGAUUUUGCUAGUCAGGUCACGUUCUUGGCCAAGGAAGUCGGAACCGAGGGCAGACUUGGUGGCCAGGCAGAUCUCCCCGGCGUCGAUGGUAUUUGGGCUGAACUUACCGAUAGUGUGAACGUCAUGGCGAAGAACCUCACCGAGCAAGUGCGUGAAAUCGCGAUCGUCACCACCGCUGUGGCGCACGGCGAUCUGAGCAAGAAGAUUGAACGACCCGCAAGAGGAGAAAUUCUGCAGCUACAACAGACAAUCAAUACCAUGGUGGACCAGCUGCAGUCGUUUGCAACCCAGGUCACCAAAGUCGCCAGAGAUGUCGGUACCGAGGGCAAGCUGGGUGGUCAGGCCGAGAUCGCCGGAGUCAAGGGCAUGUGGAACGAGCUCACGGUCAACGUGAACGCCAUGGCCCAGAACCUUACAACGCAAGUCAGAGAUAUCGCACAAGUCACAACUGCUGUCGCUCAAGGAAACCUCACACGGAAGGUCGAAGCCGAAUGCAAAGGCGAGAUCCUGGAACUGAAGAACACGAUCAACUUGAUGGUAGACCAACUGCAGCAGUUUGCGCAUGAAGUCACCAAGAUUGCCCGAGAGGUCGGUUCGGAAGGUCGACUCGGUGGUCAAGCUACCGUGCACGGUGUCGAAGGAACGUGGAAAGACCUGACUGAAAAUGUGAACGGUAUGGCCAUGAAUCUCACUACGCAAGUGCGAGAAAUUGCCGAAGUCACAACCGCUGUCGCUCGAGGAGACUUGAGCAGAAAGGUCAAGGCCGAAGUCCAGGGUGAGAUUCUGUCUCUCAAGAUUACCAUCAACACCAUGGUUGACCGUCUGAACACAUUUGCGCAAGAAGUGAGCAAGGUGGCUCGUGAAGUCGGCACUGACGGUAUACUGGGCGGCCAAGCACAGGUCGACAAUGUGGAGGGCAAGUGGAAAGAUCUGACCAACAACGUCAACACUAUGGCCCAAAACCUUACUCUGCAAGUGCGAAGUAUUUCCGAAGUUACCCAAGCCAUUGCCAAGGGUGACAUGAGCCGAAGAGUCCACGUCGAUGCAGAGGGUGAAAUUCGGCUCUUGAAGGACACUGUCAACGACAUGGUUACGCGUCUGGACGACUGGUCGCUAGCUGUGAAACGCGUUGCUCGUGAUGUCGGUGUCGAUGGAAAGAUGGGUGGGCAAGCCGACGUUCAAGACAUUGACGGACGUUGGAAGGAAAUCACCACCGAUGUCAACACUAUGGCCCAGAAUCUGACGUCACAAGUGCGUGCAUUUGGCGACAUCACCAAUGCAGCUAUGGAAGGCAAGUUCACGCAAAUCACCGUCGAAGCAUCCGGUGAGAUGGACGAACUGAAGAGGAAGAUCAACCAGAUGGUGGCCAGUCUCAGGGAGAGUAUCCAGAGAAACACUGCUGCGAGGGAAGCUGCCGAGUUGGCGAACAAGACGAAGUCCGAGUUCCUUGCGAACAUGUCGCAUGAGAUCCGCACACCUAUGAACGGCAUCAUCGGCAUGACCCAACUCACCCUCGACACAGACCUUACCCAUUCGCAGCGCGAAAUGCUGACCAUUGUCCAUAACUUGGCUGGUCAGCUCUUAACGAUUAUCGAUGAUAUCCUGGAUAUCAGUAAGAUCGAAGCGAAUCGCAUGGUCAUGGAAGAGAUUCCGUUCUCGUUGCGAGGUACCAUCUUCAAUGCUCUCAAAUCUUUGUCCACAAGAGCAAACGAGCGGAAACUCAAUCUCGCUUACGAUGUAUCGUUCGACGUGCCUGACUACGUGGUCGGUGACUCUUUCAGGUUAAGACAGAUCAUCCUCAACCUAGUGGGCAACGCUAUCAAAUUUACUGAGCACGGAGAAGUCAAGGUCGCUAUCUCCAUGGCUCAAGAUGAACAGGAGACUGGCCAAUACGUCUUCCAAUUUGCAGUGUCGGACACUGGCAUAGGGAUCCAUGGCGACAAGCUUAAUCUCAUUUUUGAUACCUUCCAGCAAGCAGACGGAUCAACAACCCGAAAGUUUGGUGGCACUGGCUUGGGUCUGUCCAUCUCGAAGCGACUCGUAACGCUUAUGGGUGGAAGGAUGUGGGUCACAUCGGAUUACGGAAAGGGAAGUGUGUUCUAUUUCACCUGCAAGGUCCGUGCCGGAAACCCAGAUCUCAGCGCCCUUCAGCAACAAAUAGCUCCCUACAGCAAGCACACCGUGCUGUUCGUAGACCAGGGCCAUACCCGAUUCUCCGAACAGAUCGAAACCCAUCUGAAGAUGCUCGACCUUGUGCCGAUUGUUAUCAGCUCCAUAGACGAAGUACCAAUUCCAGAGAAGCCUACUGCGGACAUGGGCUUCGACUGCGUUAUCGUCGACAACGAACAGACGGCAAGGGAGCUGCGCAACGCCGAGCGUUUCAAGUAUAUUCCGCUGGUAAUGCUUACGCCUCGCGUCUCAAUAAGCCUUCGGUCAGCACUCGAGAACGGUAUCUCGAGCUACAUGACCACGCCUUGCUUGCCAAUCGAUCUCGGCAACGCACUCAUCCCAGCGCUCGAUGGUCGAGCAGCACCACUGGUGUCGGACCACUCAAAGUCAUUCAGCAUCCUGCUCGCUGAAGACAACGCAGUCAACCAGAAGCUCGCCGUCCGCAUUUUGGAGAAAUACCAUCACCGGGUCACCGUGGCCAACAACGGUCUCGAGGCCUUCGAGCACAUUCAAAAGAAACGAUACGACUGUGUUCUCAUGGACGUGCAGAUGCCCGUCAUGGGUGGAUUCGAAGCAACAGCCAAGAUCCGCGAAUGGGAGCGCGACAACGCCAUCCCCUCGACCCCCGUGAUCGCCCUCACCGCGCACGCCAUGGUCGGCGACCGCGAGAAGUGCCUUGCCGCCCAAAUGGACGACUACCUUAGCAAGCCGCUUCGCCAGAACCAGCUCAUCCAGACGAUCCUCCGCUGCGCGACCAUGGGUGGCCACCUCUACGACCAUGAGCAGCGCCACAGCAUGGAACACAUGGCUGCGCCGGACCUGUCGCUGCCCUCCUCGGACGCGCACUCGCCCAACGGCACGCCGUCCAAGGGCCCGCACCGGCGGCCGCAUCUUGAAGCGCGGGGGUUCACGGAGCGCGGAGGUGGUGGAGCCGGGUCGCCGAGCCUGCUUGCCGCGGAUCAGAGCGAUCCAGUAGAUAGAGUAAGUAAACGGAUCAAACUCAAGCGUGGAUGGGAGUGUAUAUAAUGCACACGCUAGUCGUCAUUUCAAAGAAGAGAUUGCUGAUUCGUGGCUAGCAGCUUUUGCUACGGAGUCAUAGCAGUUAGGAUCUGAGAGGUCUACAGGAUUUGAAAGUGUGAUUAUGGGUGGCAGGAGGAGAUAGACAAUGUUUGUCAGCGAAAUCUGUGUGCUUUUGCGGAUACCCCGGGUCGAAUCGGAUGAAUGGAAUCAAAGCGGAGAGUGAAACGGCGGAAGCCGAGCUCCGCUUUCUCACUGAGUGAGCUAGGAGGGACGAGAAUUGGCAUUUCUUAUGCAACAUUGUUCUGGCGUUUUGGCUCUGCUUUCUCCUUGCUGUUUUGGUCUUGCUGCACGCGCGUAUCGUUCGUUCUUCGCGUU